AUGUUCCAUCAAGUAUUUCAAUCUUCCUAUCCAAAAUAUUUUGCAAUUUUAAAAGAAAAUAAACCAAUUUUAUUAAUGAAAAGUAAUUUAUUAAGUCCUUGGUAUAAUAUAACAAAUUUAAGAUAUGAUAUUGAAAAAUUAUUAUUCAUAGACUCUAAUGAUAGAGAUUAUAAUUAUACUGAGUGUAUUAUAGAAUUAUAUGAAUUAAUUCUUGUAAUUGAAUUUGGAUUUAAUUGUAAGAAUAUUUGGUUUAAUGAUAAAUUGUAUUGGUCCAAUACAAAUCCUCAAGAAUUUCCCAAAUUUUUAUUAUUUGAUCUUGUUAAUAAUAUUUUUUUAUUAUUUUAUAAUUCAGAACUUGUUAAUAUUUCUGGAACUCAUAAAAAAUUUAUUCAUCGGUUCCAGUUAAGAAAUGAUUAUAUAAACCAAAUUAAUCAAAAAUUAAUUAAAAGAAAAUUUAAUAAUAUUAAACAAAUUAAACAAAAUGUAAUUUGUCCUAAACCAAUCAAAUUUAUAUCAAACACAGAAUCAAUAUGUGAUACAGAGUCAGUAUCAUGUGACACGGAGUCAAGACAGUAUAAUAAGGAGUCAGGAUAUAAUAAGGAGUUAGGACAUUGUAAUAAGGAGUUAGGAUAUAAUAAAUAUUAUGUAGAUGAAAUUGGAUUAAUAAAUUCAAUUGUAAAUAGGAAAAUUAUAAUUAAAAUUGAUGUAAUUAAUGAAAGUUAUAUCAAUAUAAUUAAUCAAUUCUAUGAAUAUUUCAACUUAACAACAUCAGAUACUACUAUAGAUACGCUUAAUAACCUUAGUACACUCUAUAGCUGUAAAAUUAGCUCCCUUUCCAGGGAUAGUAAAAGUGUAAUUAGCUCCCUUUCCCGUGGUACCAGACCCCGUAACGGAAUAAUAAUAAAUGGUUAUAUAUUAAUAAUAAAUAAUUAUAAUUGUUAUUAUAAUUUUAAAAAUGUAAUAUGUAAUGAGAUAAGUUAUUAUAAGAGAAUACUGUAUAAAAGUCAAUCCAAGUAUCCGGAAUCAUUAAUAUUUUACAAGAAACAUAAUAUAACAUUGAUUAAAUUUGAUGAUAAAUUUAUAUUACAUAUAUUAAAAUAUGGUAUUUGGACUGAGAAAUCUUAUGUGAUACCACCAAUUAGGUUAUAUAGAGAAAAUAAUCUUGGAGAAUUAUUACCAUUAACUACAGAACAAUAUGAUAUACAUUUGAAUAUAUUUGGUACUACACAAUUAGUAUAUAGUGUCAAUCAAAUAAAUACAGUAAUGUUAAUGUUAGGAGAUGAGUUGGUAUGGAAAAGGAAGAAAACAAGUAGGAAUAAAUUGGAAUAUAUAAGAAAAUUAAUAUACAAUUUAAUGGAUAAUAGUUUCACAAUUGUAACAGACAUAACGUUAAGAUGUAUAAAGAAACAUAAUCGUUGGUAUAAUAAAUUCCAUGAAUUAACUUAUUUAACACAUUUUACUGAUGAUUCUGGUGAAUUAACAAUAAUUGAUCGUGAGAAAUUAAAUAUAACUUAUAACUCAAGACAUAAAUAUCUUUUCAAUUAUGAAACUAUAAAUUGUGCACAAAUAUCACAUUAUGAUACGGUAAUUUGGUCUAAAACUAAUGAAAAUUACCCUAAGUGUAUGGAAUUGAAAAUUAUGAGCAAAUGUAAGAAAUUUAUAUUACAAUUUAAUAAUAAAUUUAAAGUCUAUACAAUAACUCAUGGAAUGGCUAAUGGUAUGGGUAAUUUUACAGCUAUGGAGUGUAUCAGAGGAAAGGGAGCUAAUUUUAUGGGUACCGAGUGUAUCAGAGGAAAGGGAGCUAAUUUUAUGCCUAUGGAGUGUACUAUGGGAAAGGGAGCUAAUUCUACAGCUAUGGAGUGUACUCCUGGAAAGGGAGCUAAUUUUAUGCCUAUGGAGUGUACUAGUAGUAAGGAUACUAAUGGAAUGAGUGUAGUAGAAAUUAAGUUACCAGAAAUUGAACUUUAUACAUGUGAUAAAAAUGGAAAUUAUAUUAAACUUUUGAAUGAAGAUUAUAAUAUUAAUUUGUCCAUAUUCAAAGAUUAUAAAUUCAUUUAUUCACCAAAAUUUAAUAUUAAAAUUUUUAGUCUAAAAUUGAAAAUUUAUCACAAGAAUCUCAUGGAAUCUUGUGAUAGUGGACUCAUGGGACCAACUGAAACGAGAAAUUUGGAAUCUUAUGAAAAUACUCAUGUAGAACCUUGUAAAACAAGUGUAUUAGAAUCUUGUAACAUGAGAUUCUUAGAACCUCGUGACAAUAGACAGUCGGAAAUAAAAAUUUUUGGACCAUAUGAAAAAAAUAUUUUAUAUGUAAUUUAUAGUGAGAUUAGAGAAUUACAAAUAAUAUUUGAAGAUCAAAUUUUAUUAUUUAAGUAUACAAAUCAUUGGAAUGAGAAAGUAUAUAAAAUACCUAAAGAACUUAAAUUCUAUACUAGAGAUCAAUUUGGAGAUAUAUUAUUAACACCAGAAAAUUAUAGAGUAGAAUUAAGAGAUAUGAGAAGGUUUAAAUAUAUAUUUGAUAAUUUCAAAUGUGAUCAAGUGUGUCAUAAUAAUGAAAUAGUUUGGAAAUCUGAUGGUACUAAAAAUGUUAAUUCAAUAGUUUACUUUAGGAAAUAUAAAAUUAUUAUUAAUUUAGGUAUCAAAAAUUUAUAUUACAAAUUAAAUUCUAAAGGCCAUUGGAUACAAUAUUAA